AUGGGUUGGUUCUGGGCAGAGAAUAAAGAUUUCAAUUCAACAGCAGCACCAGCACCAAGUCAAAUAACACAAACAACUUCAUCAAAUAUACUGGGAUGUCCCAUUGAUCAUUCAUCAUAUACUAAAUCAAAAUCAACUUCCACUUCAUCAAAACCAGCAUGCCCAGUAUUACCAUCAACAGAUAAUUCAAACGAUGAAGUAUUAAAUCCAUUAAACAAUAUGCCAAUGGCAAUAUCAAGUGAAUUAGCACCAGGUCAAAAAAUAAAAUUAUCAACAGAAAGAACAAUCUCUACAAUUCCAAGAGGUGAAACUUCAGAUCAAGGAUUAUGGGAAUAUCCAUCACCACAACAAAUGUACAAUGCUAUGUUAUCAAAGGGUAAAGGUCAAGGAAUACCUGAAGAUGCAGUUGAAUCAAUGGUUGAAGUUCAUAAUUUCUUAAAUGAAGGUGCUUGGCAACAAAUUUUGGAAUGGGAAAAUAAAUAUACUGAUGAGACUAAAAUUGAACCAAGAUUGAAGAAAUUCACAGGUAAACCACAUGAUUUAUCACCAAAAGCUCAAAUAUAUCUUUGGUUAGGUAAAAUAUUUCCCGAAACUUUUAAUUCAAUCCCACCUUUCGAUAGACAUGAUUGGACUAUAUUAAGGAGCAAUGGUAAGAAUCAAGGAUGGAAGGAAAUUAGAUAUAUCAUUGAUUAUUAUGGAGCUCCUGACGAUGAAGAAACUGGUAUGCCCUCAUUUAUGUUGGAUACAAGACCUGCUUUAGAUGAUUUUGGUAGUAUUAAAGAUAGAAUUAUUGAUUUUGCUGGUCCUACUUGGAGAAAAGCAAUGGGUGAAGAGCAAAGAUAA